AUGCUCUUCCCAUCAGGUCGCCUCCGCAAUGCCAUCCUCGGCGGCCUUCUCUUCCUGCUCCUCCUCAUCGCCCUAGGCAGCACCUUCGUCGCGAAACCCGAUCUCCUCUCCACCUUCCACAACCCCUUCGCUAGCAGUCGACACCCUCACUUCGACGGCCAGGAAUGGACGCAGGCUAGUGUUGCGCUCGGUCAGGAUGUGCCUGGUGCGACGAGUCUGACGGAUUUGCUCACGCCGGAGCAGAAGGAGGCUAGUGAUCGCAAUAACAACAUUAAGCAUAACAUUGUGAAGAGCAGCGUGACGAAGGACGGGAGGUGGUUCUUGGUGGAUUUUGGCGAGGGGUAUGGGUCGUAUAAUCCGAGUAUUCUGCCGCAUCCGAGCAAAGAGGAGACGUGGAUUAUUAUUGCGCAGAGGGAUAAACAGGAGGACGAUAAUGAUACCUUCAACGUCGAGCUUGUCUGCGAAGCUACAUUCAACAGGAAGGCAAGUUCAGUGCAGUGCAUCCCAGGAUCCGUCAUGAUCCUCCCGAUCCGGAGCACAACAGCGGGGGCAGGACAGUGUGAGGGCGAUUUGGAGUAUAUGAAGACGAUGAUUGGACCGCAUGAUGCCAGGAUAUUCUUUGGGCCGAGUCAGAAUCGGACGGAGAGGAAUCUAUUGGGCGAUGAGGUUGUGUUUGAGAGUGAGCCGGUGCCGUAUGUUAUGUAUGGGAGCCAGGGCACGCAGUCUUGUGUGGCGAUGUGGAUGCAGGAUCUGAGGAGGUUGGUGGAUUGGAAUGGUGGGGAGGGGGGACAUCUUGAUGAGAAAGUGGAUCCGUUCUUUUGGGGGACGCAGUUGGCGCGGCCGGGGAUGGAGGAGGUGCAGGCGGAGGGACUGCAGAAGAGUGAGAAAGAGAAGAGGAUUGAAGCUGGCACGAUUGAGAAGAACUGGUUCGCAUUCUGGGACAGUGCCGGGGACCUGUACAUCCACCAAGACAUAAAACCGACAUACCGCGCCUUCAGCAAAAUCCUCGACCCCUUCAACGCCACCACCUCCCCCGACCUCGCACCCCUCGCCACCACCGACACCCACUGCAUGACCUCCCUUAUGCCCGCCCUCCAACCCACCAACCUCGAAUGGAUCCAUCAAUCCACCAACUCCCUCUCCCUAACCCUCUGCCGUCGCCUCGACCCCGGCUGCGAGCCCUCCGACGACAACACUUUCAUCCUGACCCUCUUCCAGGUCAAGACGUUCUACUACCACGGCGUGUACGAGCCGUACGUUAUGUUAUUCCGACAGCGCGCGCCGUUUGAGAUAUAUGGGAUUACGCAGAAGCCGCUGUGGUAUUAUGGGAGGGGAAGGCCGGGUGGGGAUUGGACUACGGGAACGUUGGAGAGCAGGCCGCAUGAUCAGAGUGAAAUGGUUUUUACGACGAGUGUCAGUUUUAUGGGCAGGGGGAGGGGGUAUCAUGGGUAUUUGGAUGAUAAGGUUAUGAUCAGUUUUGGGAUUGAGGAUCAGAAGAGUGGGGGGAUUGAUGUGGUGGCGGAGGAUUUGGUUAAGAGUUUGGAGUUGUGUUGA